UUUUCACUUUAUCGUUCCAUUUUUCCUUUAUUCUCUUUAACAAUUCGAGCUUCAUCUGUUGGUGAAGAGCAGACAUCAUGACGAACAACUUGCUGGAUGUUGAACCCGUCGGAUAUUGGGGACCGAUAACAAGCUCUGUUGACUGGUGUGAAAAGAAUUAUACGCAUUGGUACUACGUAGCAGAAUGGUGGAAUACUCUGUCUGUAUGUAUCGGGGAAAGGUUAAAAAAAAAGGGGAGGGGGAGGGAACAAAGUUUACGGUCAUCAAGGUAGUAGAAACAGGACAUGAUUAAGAAAUAACCAAAUGGCGCUCGCUUCUCGUCCCCCUUGUUAUUUAGAGUUUAGC